GCUGAUUGGCUGCUUGCCUGCCUGCCUGCUUUCACCGGGUUUCUCCGUCGUGCCGAUGGUGACCGGCGAGUCAAGGAGGGAGUGAGGAGGGGGCACGUGCUGAAGCCGUUUGAGGACCCUUCGGCCCCGCCAUGACUCCCAGCUCCCUCGGUGGCCUUCUCCUGCUGCUGCUGUGCCUGCUCGGGGACGCCAUCGCCGGGAGAGACUUCUACAAGAUAUUGGGUGUACCUCGCAGUGCAUCUGUUAAAGACAUUAAAAAGGCCUAUCGAAAAUUAGCCCUGCAACUUCAUCCAGAUCGGAACCCUGAUGAUCCACAAGCUCAGGAAAAGUUUCAGGAUCUUGGGGCUGCCUAUGAGGUAUUGUCAGAUGAGGAAAAGCGAAAGCAGUAUGAUGCAUAUGGGGAAGAGGGGCUAAAAGAGGGUCACCAGAGUUCCCAUGGUGACAUUUUUUCACACUUCUUUGGGGACUUUGGCUUCAUGUUUGGAGGCAAUCCUCGUCAGCAAGACAGGAACAUUCCAAGAGGAAGUGACAUCAUUGUGGAUCUAGAAGUUACACUGGAAGAGGUGUAUUCAGGAAACUUUGUAGAAGUUAUUCGAAACAAGCCAGUAGCAAGACAGGCACCAGGCAAGCGAAAAUGCAAUUGUCGGCAGGAGAUGAGAACAACCCAGUUAGGCCCAGGGCGUUUUCAGAUGACCCAGGAAGUUGUCUGUGAUGAGUGUCCCAAUGUCAAGCUUGUGAAUGAAGAGCGAACUCUAGAAGUGGAGAUCGAACCUGGGGUGAGGGAUGGCAUGGAGUAUCCAUUCAUUGGGGAAGGUGAACCACAUGUUGAUGGGGAGCCUGGGGACUUGCGCUUCCGAAUAAAAGUUCUCAAGCACCCAAUCUUUGAGCGAAGAGGGGAUGAUUUAUAUACAAAUGUGACUAUCUCCCUAGUGGAGUCUCUAGUCGGCUUUGAAAUGGAUGUUGCUCAUUUAGAUGGGCAUAAGGUCCAUGUUGCCCGGGAUAAAAUCACAAAACCUGGAGCCAAACUUUGGAAGAAAGGAGAAGGUCUUCCCAAUUUUGACAACAACAAUAUUAAAGGCUCUUUAAUAAUUACGUUUGAUGUAGAUUUUCCCAAAGAACAGCUGACAAGUGAAGAGCGGGAAGGUCUCAAACAACUUCUGAAACAAUCAUCUGUUCAGAAAGUGUACAAUGGACUUCAGGGAUAUUGAGACUUGAAGCAAAUGGACUUUAUUGAAGAUGAAUGAAAUCAGUGCUGUAAACUGCAGUCUUCUUCUGGUCAUUGUAGAACAAAAUUGAGGGCUAUUGGAGUGACUACUGUGACCUCCAUUUUUACAAAUAUUGGGGGUGAUUCUGGGACUGAUCAGAAGAUGGCAAAAGAAAUUUCCUUAUUCAGGACACAACUGGUGCUCUAAUUGGAGCAUUGUUAAGCUCCAGUGGUUGAGAGUUAUGAGGAAUUUUUUAAGAAGUACCACGUUGAAAUUCUGGUUUUAAAAUAUAUUUUGAUGUUCCUUUUUCUUGCUCUUCUGAAUGAAUGAAUUUUCAUGA